CUUGUUAUGCCCGCUUCGCUCUGUCGUUCCUUCCACUGUCGCUUUGUCUUGUGUGAAGAUUUUCUCUGAAAAAUAUGCUUUUCUACGGAUUCCUGCUGACAUUGGUUACUCCCACUUUCACAUUGCGUUUUUAAUUCCUCCAUUUCUCAGAAGUGGACGGGGCAGGGAGGAUUUGCAAACUGAAAAGAAGUAAUAACUGUAGAAAACCAAAGGGAUUGUUGUGAAUAGAGCUGUUGAAAAUAUCCUUGUAAAUAGUUCUAUCUUCCAUGCAAAUAGUUCUAACUUCCUUCUUUUAAACUUUGUGUUUUUUGUUUUUUGUUUUUUUUUUCUUCAGCUAGCCUCCUUAUGUUCUGAGGUUCUAUCUCCUUUUAUUUUCCUUAAAGAUCUUUACAUAGCAGAGAGAAAGAAAUGAAGAUAAUUGAAAAGUUAUCUUUUUUACUUUCUUUGAUAAAAGAGUAAUUUGAAGCAGAGUUAAAAUAAAGGAAAAAAACUACAUGGUCAAUGACGAACACUAUUUUAAGAAAAUCUCAAUAGCCAGUAUUAAAAUCAUGUGACAAGUUGGUGAUCAUCUUCAUAAUAUUCAUUCUGACUUUUUGGAAAUGUUCAGAUAUCAUGUUAUUUAAACGAAUAUGUAUGCAUGUAAAUGGAAUACAGGGAAUCAGAAAUAGGAAAUCAACCUUAAACAUGCUUUUAAAAUAUUUUAAAUUAUUUUUUAAGUCAAGCAUAUUUAUGAGAGUAUAAAAUUCAAAUAGGUUAAAAAUGAAAAAACUGAAAGAAGACUUCCUCUAUACUUCAGGAGGAUAAUAUUCUAAAAAAUUAACCAACGCCACUCCAUUGGUUUCUUAUAUAGGCUUCCUAAGAUAGUGUUUGCACUGUAAAUGCACAAGCAAAUAAGCUUGCUUUUUAUUAAUGACAGGCAGAAUUUCUGCACCUUGCUUUGUUUUAUUUCAGUGUAUUUUGUAUGUACAUAUGGACCGCCUCACAGCCAUGUUGUGUUUCAUUGUAUGAUAGAGCAUAAUUGCUUUGCCCGUCCUCUUCUUAAACAUAUUUAACUGGCUUCUAGUAUUUUAUUAUACCAACAAAACUAUUACACUUAUGUAAUUUUGAUUAUGUCCAAGUAUAAUAAUUCCUAGAAGUAGAGUUAUUGAAUCAAAGAACAUGCAUGUUUAUUUGCUAGAUAUUGAUUAUUGCUCUUCUAAGACUGUACCAAUUAUCGUGCAGUAGCAAUACAUGAUUUUGUUUCCUCACUAACUCACUGUAUUAUCAAACUUUUUAAUCUUUGCCAAUCUAAAUGAAAAUUUACUCUUGAUUUUCUACCAUUAUAAGCAAGAUUGAAUAUUUUGCAUUUUCUUUUUGUGAACUUACUGUUCUUGUCCUUCACCUACCUUUUUAUUGAGGUGUUGGUCUUUAUUGAUUCCUAGAUUUUUUUGCAUUAAAACAGUGACUUAUUUGUCUGAAAUAUGAGUUGCAUAUGCUUUUUAAUCAUCUUUUUGGUAGUGUAUGUUUGUGAUACAUGAUGAGUACAUUCAACUUAGGGAGUUGGUACAUAUACAUAUUUCAUUUUAACUCUUUUUACUUCUCCUUUAUUCCUUCCUCUUCCCUCCAUCUCUAGAUCCCCUUCACAUUUUCAAAAGUCUGUCUCCCUAUUUCCUGUUACCUUUUAUUUUUCUCUUUAAAUUAUGUAUACAUUGUGUUUCUCCUAUAAGAGAAAUCAAGCAAUAUUUAAACUCUGUGUCUAAUUUACUUCACUAAGUAUUAUGGUCUUAAAAUGCAUCCAUUAUGGGCAGCCCAUUCGGGACCCCUCCUGUCUCUCAGGAGCUAUUCCUAUUCUCCAUUCCCCAUUCCUUUUCUCCAAUAAAUUUUCCUACUUUUAAAAAAAAGGGUGUCCAUUUUCCUACAAAUGACAAACUUAUCUUUACAGCUAAUUGGUAUUCUUUUGUGUAUAAAUACCACAUUUUCUCUGUCUAUUCAUCUACAAAUGAGAUAUAGGCCUCUUCCAAAAUGUAGCUCUUAUGAAUUAUAGUCCUAUAAACAUGGGUGUGCAAAUAUCACUGUAAUACGAUGUCUUUAACUCUUUUUGGUAGAUAUCUAGAAAUAUAAAGAUAUAUUUAACACAGCUAUUCCAUAUAUAUAUGGAAUUUUUAAUUUUGUUUUUUGUCUCCAGAUUGAUUUCCAUCAUGGUGCUAUUAGUUAACAUUCCCACCAGCACUGUAGAAGGGUUCUUUUUUCUCAUCAUCCUCAGCAGCAUUUGUUAUUAUUUGAAUUCUUCUUGAUAGCCAUUCUUUCUGGAGUAAGAUGGAAUCUAAAUUGGAAUGUUGUUUUAAUUUGUAUUUCUCAAGUGGCCAAAGAUGUUGAACAUUUUUUCGUGUACUUCUUGACCAUUUACAUUUCUUUUCCUGAGAAGUGUUUAUUGCUAAUUUUUUGAUUUGAUAUUUUAUUUUGGUGGGAUCUAGGUUUUUGUCUGUGUGUUCUUUAUGUACGGUAUUUCAGAUGUUAGUUCACUCUCUGAGAAUUAGCUGGCAAACAUUUUUUCCUGAGUUACAUAUACUGUACCUUUUCCCAGAUUUUCAUUUGAUUUUGUUAAUAGUAGGCUGUUUUCCAGGAAGCGGAAUGCUACUGCUUAACUUUAAUGAGUAUGUAAUUUUUAUAUAAUUUUAUUUUCUAUAAUUGGACUUUCUCUGCCAUAUUGAAAAAAUUUUUUCUUCUUAUAUUAUUUGAUUUUUAAAGUUUAAAACUUUACUUCAUCUAAACUUGGUUUUGUGCAAGGGACUACUGUGUUUGGUUUUAUUCCAUUUAGAUGUAGAGUCCAAUCACUUAAAUAAGUUGAGGAGUCAAAAAGUCUCCAAUAGAAACCCACUGAUUUGAAUAGGGAGCCCUUUAGUAUAUAUGGCACUUUGGAAAUAUAUGAAGCCUGAGUGAAUCUGCAAGAACCUUCGUAUUCAUGGAGUAUAUUUUGUCAAGAAUUCUUUAAGGUCUACAUUAGGAAAAUAGCAUAGGAGUUAAUCAGGUUUUCUAAUGUUUUGAUUUAUUCUCAUUUCUUCCUGUAUGCUGCAAAAGACACAUUAAAAUCAAAUUUAACUGGCUCCUUUUGGCACCUUGAAUCAUACAUUUUUUUGUUGAUAUACUUCUACUAAAGAAUAGAAAUUUAUUAUUAUGACCUGUGUUUAAAUGUCCUACUGAAAACCUCAUGUGGUCACAGCUGGGGCGUUUUCAGAGGCACCUGGAACUAGCAUGUGUGAUGCUGGGAUGGAUUCAUGGUGUAAUGCUAGGAUCAAGGGUACUAGCAGUUAGGGUGUUAGUGCUACCUGCCCUGAGUAGCUUGGAUAAUAUAAAAGAGGGAGACAGAGGAUGUUAACGUGCUUGCUUGUUGCUUUUGCUGUCUUCUGCCACCAUGAACUGCUUCUUAGUAACACCUAUCUGCCACCCCUCCCUGCCUUGGAGCCAGCUGAUGAUAACUGAAAUCUCUACCAAAUGCUUCAGAUGGAUUUUAGAAUUGAACACACUUGGAAUGGUUUCCCAGUGAAGCAUGAGCCAGUGCUUGUCAGGCUGAAUCCUGGUGACGGAGGAGUCAUGAUGGAGGUCUGUGCUCCAUUUUUCAAUGAUCCCCAAGCCCCACCUGGAGAACCAGGAAAGCCAUUCAAUGAACUGUGGAAUCAUGAAGUUGUGGAAGCAUUUUUCUUGAAUGAUGUAACUGAGCAGUACUUAGAAGUUGAACUUUGUCCCCAUGGACAGCAUUUAGUUCUUUUACUUUCUGGAAGAAGAAAUGUGUGGAAACAAGAACUUGAUUUGUCAUUCAAAGUGUCCAGAGAAGAGACAAAAUGGGAAGGCCAAGCUCUUCUUCCAUGGAAUUAUUUUCCACCAAAUGUGACAAAAUUCAAUUCAUUUGCAAUUCAUGGAUCAAAAGGUAAAAGAAGUUAUGAAGCCCUCUACCCUGUACCACUGCACGAAUUGCAAGAAGGACAAAACCCUGAUUUCCAUCGUCUAGAAUAUUUCAAGCCUUUCAGCUUUCAGAUGUUGCUUGGAGAAGAAUGGAAACAACCAGAAUCAGAUCUAUGGCUAAUAGAGAAAUCUGAUUUAUAAGAAUGUGAUGUAUAAUAACACCAAUACUUUUUCCUCUGUACCUUGUAAGGUAAACCACUAAAUUUAAUCUCUUUUAAGACACAUUAAAAGAGUAAAUAUCUUCACAGGCCAUGGAAAAUAUAGUAUGUAUCUUUGUGAUAAAUUAUAUGAUUAACAGGAAAAUACAAAGUAAAGUUACAGUUUUUCUCAGCGUUA